GGGUUCUGCAAGCCCAAGUGCUUCCCCCACUCGCCUCAGGGACCCGUUGGUUCACGCCGGCGCCUUUUAAGGGCACCGUGGGGCGAACCGAGCGCUCAGAGCUGCUCCGGCCGCGGCCCUGGGAGCUGGUGGAGCCGCGACUCAGCAGGCAUGACUGGAGAGGGAAGUCCCAAUGGUGCUAGAAUGGUGCUGCAGUGGCAGAAGACGGCUCACGAGUGAGGUCUGGAAGAACGACAGGGAAGACAUCCAUCAUUUGCUCCAAAGUGUGCAAGUCAAAUCCUGGGGAGAAUCAUGAUAACCCUGAUCACUGAGCAGCUACAGAAACAGACUCUGGAUGAGCUGAAAUGUACACGCUUCAGCAUCAGUCUGCCUUUGCCUGAUCAUGCAGACAUCUCCAACUGUGGGAACCCUUUCCAGAUUGUGUCUGAAGGUGCUUCCUGGAGGGGCCUGCCCCACUGUUCCUGUGCUGAGUUCCAGGACAGCCUCAAUUUCAGCUACCACCCUUCAGGCUUGAGCCUGCACCUCAGACCACCCAGUCGGGGAAGCUCCCCACAGGAGCAGCCCCUCUCCCAAGUCCUAAGCCCUGAGCCCCCAGACCCAGAGAAGCUUCCUGUGCCCCCUGCCCCUCCAUCCAAGAGGCAUUGCCGUUCACUCUCAGUGCCCGUGGACCUGUCUCGCUGGCAGCCAGUGUGGCGGCCCGCCCCCUCCAAGCUGUGGACUCCCAUCAAGCAUCGGGGCAGUGGUGGAGGGGGUGGGCCGCAGGUGCCUCACCAGAGCCCUCCAAAGCGGGUCUCCAGCCUCAGGUUCCUCCAAGCUCCCAGUGCCUCUUCUCAAUGUGCCCCAGCCCACAGACCCUACAGCCCUCCUUUUUUCAGUCUGGCCCUUACCCAAGAUUCCUCUCGACCUUGUGCCACUUCCCCUCAAAGUGGCUCCUGGGAGAGUGAUGCUGAGUCCCUGUCACCUUGCCCACCCCAGCGCCGCUUCUCCCUGUCACCCAGCCUGGGCCCACAGGCAAGCCGCUUCUUGCCUUCUGCCCGGAGCUCCCCUGCAUCCUCCCCGGAGUUGCCCUGGCGACCUCGAGGUCUCCGCAACCUUCCCCGAAGCCGCUCACAGCCUUGUGAUCUGGAUGCCCGCAAAACUGGGGUCAAGAGGCGUCAUGAGGAGGACCCCCGGCGCCUGCGGCCUUCCUUGGACUUUGACAAGAUGAAUCAGAAACCAUACUCAGGAGGUCUCUGUCUCCAAGAAACAGCCCGGGAAGGCAGCAGCAUCUCUCCACCGUGGUUCAUGGCCUGUAGCCCCCCACCUCUCUCAGCUUCCUGCAGUCCCAUUGAGGGUUCCUCCCAGGUGCUGAGUGAAAGUGAAGAGGAGGAGGAGGGGGCUGUUCGGUGGGGGCGGCAGGCGCUGAGCAAGCGGACACUGUGCCAGCAGGACUUUGGGGACCUGGACUUGAAUCUGAUUGAGGAGAACUAAAACUGAGAGGCUACUUCCUGGGGCCACACAGACUGACUCUCUUAUGGCUACUAACAAGUGUCGAGGCCCCAAGGCUGAGGGCCCAGCCUGGGAAUGGGGGUGAGUGGAGGGCUCCGACUCAGGGCAGCCGGAAAUCUUCUCGCUCCAGCAAGCUCCACCAUGCCGAGAGACUGGCCGGGACAAGAUAAACGGAGCUGGUGGCGGGAGGGACAGCCCCAGAGCAGACCCUUUCCAUGGCGGCCCUGAGUGUGAGUAUCCCUGCCGCUGAGAGAGCAAUGGGCAGGGAAGGAAGGGGUCUGCUGACCCCAGCUCGGGGAAUUUCACUAGCCCCUUUGCUUCAAAGGGCACUUGUGUCUUAGAAUUUGGCCAGGGUGGGGGGUUCAGUCAGCCUCCUCAGAGAAAUUGUGUGAGAGUGUGUGUGCGCAUGGGAGUAUACUUGAGGAAAAGUGUGUUUGCGUAGCCUUAGGGAAGGAAGGCAGUUGCUCCUUAAUAGCAGAGUAUGAUGAUACCCCAAGGAUCUUGAGUUUUUAAGGGGACAUGGGCUUAUUCAAGGAGUCAAGAGGAUGGCUCCAAGUUUUCCUUUUUUCGUAGGAGCUCUGGAACCAGGCUUGUAAUCCAUAGCAACAAUGACUCUGCAAGGGAUACUGUUUUGGGGUACAGCAGGGCCUUUUAAGUGAUGUGACCUCAGUUAAUAGUCUUUUCCUCAGUCCCACCCCUUCCCCACUAGAUAGAUCUAGUAUUGAGGGCUGCUGGGGGUUGCCAUAUUUAUUCUGAGCUGGCCUUUUUUCCUCAUCAGAUUGUCUAAGCCGUAUACAACCUGCCUCUCUGGCUCUCUGAGUAGAUGCAACUUGUGGGCAACAUGAGACUGGGCUGAAAGGCUCUGUCUCUUUUCCACUGAGGGGACCUCUUCCUCUCAUCUUCUGACCAUCCAUUUUCGAGACAGGUAGCAACGCCCUGUCUUGGUCCCCACCAUCUGCAGAGGCAGACUCGCAGCAGAAGUAAUAGCAUUCAGUCCCCAGCAGCAAGGGUGAGUUUACCCUAGCACUGCUCUUUGGAAGCAGACUGUAAGGAAACUACUCUUACAAAAACCAGGCCCAGACUCUUCUCUGACAUGCUUGAGAAAGAAGAAGGGGGUGAUCAGCAUUUAAUAGUCUGCUUAUCUUCCACUUCUGCCAGGAAAUGUUUAUUUUCUUCUAAUUGGCCCUGAGAGACCACAAGGAGGUUGGGGCUCACUGAGGGAUUGGCUGAGGAUGUGUAAAGCAAAGGCUGUGAGAAGCAACUGGGAGUUUGUUGUUGUUGGAUUGAAUUUCCUUUUUUGUUUCUCAUCCACAACUUGAGCCAGGGCAGCAGGUCUCAAUGGCCUCAGUGAUGGGUUUGAGGACUACAGAUCUACAUAUAUCUUGGUAGAGCUGGCACAAAGCAUACUGAAGCUGCUGCCAUAGUAGCCUAUAAGGUUUUGUCCAGCUUUGGUUAGACCCUGCAUGACCAAAUGGGACUUGCCCUUUCUGUUUAAUACAAGAAGAGCAUUUUUCUGUUCUUUCCCAGGGCAUCUUGGGACACAAUUCCUCACGUUAGGGAAGAAGACCAAGUUCUGUUUUUUCUUCCUUAUGGAAUUGAGUUUGACAUUUUCUAUGUCUCCCAGGUGUCAGAUAGGAGAAUCAGUGAGGCUUUAGCCUCCUUGCCUCCACUUCGGAGGAGGUGGCCAUGUCUUCUUGAGCCUGUGGCCCUCAGAGGCUUUAACCUUCCAGGGCUCCUCCCCAUUUUCUUGCUAGUUACCACAUACUACCACUGGGCGACCAGGUCUCUAGGGGCCUGAGACAGGCUCUCUGGAGAAUCCAGGGAAACUGUGAGCCCAGGAGCUGCCCAUCGUUGGUUUCAUCCCUCCCCUGGUUCUUCUCCCUCUUCAGGCCAUAAUUUCCCUGGUGCCGGCUUCUUUUCCUCCUGGGGCAUCCUCAUCCCUGGGGUCUCUGCUGCAGAUUGGCUGUGCCAGCUUCCAGUAAUUCACUGGCAAUGCCAACAGGGUCUCUACAGGCCCUAGACAGAAGAAGUGAGAGCAGUGAUUCAGCCUCCAUCCUGGCUUUCCUAGCACCUAGGGCACCAUCCUUAGAGGAGAAGGCCUACAGUUGUUGUAUUUUAAUUCCAUUACUUUACAUCUGGAAAGUUAAACUAGUCAGGACUAUCAUCUUGCUUCCCAAUCUAAGCACCUGUGGCCCUGGAACAGCCUUUUCAAGAAGUGGUUCAUUUUGCUUUACACAGUAGAUCUGUUCCAACAGUUCUGUGUAAGCCAAAUGCUAUUUUCUAAUGCAUUUGAACUGCUGACCAUUUCAGAGCAGCCUAUGAUUGCUUCUUUUGUAAAGCAAGCAAACUCCCUCUACUUUAGCUGUUUUGAAUAUUUGGAUUUUCACAUAUUGGGCUUACCCAGAGUGGAACACAACUCCAGGGCUUGUGGCUGACGCUGGGUUGAUGUCUGCAUCUGUGCUGUGUGUGUGGUGUGGCUGGCCAGUAGGUGAGUAUUCCUGCGUGUGUGAGUGAAGCCACUCCCAGGCUGGUGCUCUCCUCCUGUGCCCGGUGACUGCCCAGUGGCAGCCCAGCUGCCCUUCACUCCCACCUGCUGCCAAAGUCCCUGUACUAAUGGGAUUACAAAAACAAAAAGUGGAAAAAGAUUUUUCGUAAACUUUGUUUUAUAUUAAAAAAAAAAAAAACCCAUAAGUCUGUGUGUGUUAAACAUGAGGUUCUGCCUCU